GUUUGAGAAGGGAAAAGGAUAUUUUCCACGCGUGACUUACAGACUCUCUUGCUGGCCAUGCCGAUUUCCCUAUCUUCCUCGUCGACAACGAUGCAGAUUUCCUCCAUCAAUGCAUCUUGGCUUGGUGGCGGGUCCCCGGUGCGCGUGGCGGAUGCGAGGGCCUUGUUGGCUGAGACGUCCAGCGGUUGGACGUCUGGGUAUAGGUGCAAGAUGUUCUCGGAGGUGGGUUGGGGUAGGUUGGACUUGGGCACAGUAGCUGACAUUGCGGGUACUUGGGAUUGUGUCUUGAAAGUGAAGGAAUUGUGUGAGAGUAGACGAUGGGUUGGGCCUCACGGCGGUGCAUUGUUUAUGUUGAGCCCUACUGCCGGGGGCGGUUGGAACCGGCUGUGCGCAUCCCAUGCUUGUCGCCACCGGCUGUUGUGUCCAGCUUGACAUAAAGUGCAGGAGAUGAGGUCGUGUCUGUCACGCACACCCGCCUCAUUCGAACAAUCAGAAAGAAUAGACCAGAUGGCAGCGAUAUCUCUCAGCUCCGUGGCCGCGUACGUCUUCGUUGGAAAGACGGCGAGCGUGGCCGGUGUUCUUGCCCCGGAGAUGCAGAAAGCCGGCGCACGCACGUUCAUCUUCAUCACUGAGUCCACGGGUCCGAACGCAGCUCUCGCGAACAUAGUCCAGAAUCUCCAAGCUGCUGAAGCCACGGUGCUUCUCUACACAGACGGCCUGUCUCAGGUUGAUCGUCUGAAGACAGUAGUCGGGCUCUGGACCACGGAAGGCCGUCGCAUCGGAGGUGUGAUCUACGACCAGACGGACGCGGUACCUGAUGAUCUCGGGGAUGUUCUAUACCACGCCGCGGGGAUGCAGAAUCUACACCAGAGCACCGCCACGCUGCAGUUGGACUUUUUCCUCGUCUACCACGAGAAGGACACUCCUGCUGCCGCGAUGGCCAAGCGCUUGGCUCGCCACCGGUCUCGUUUUGGGCUCCCACUUACGUCGCUGGAGCUCGAGUGUAGACCUUGGGUCGCGGACGCAGUCGAGACCCAGAUCCUGACAGGCUUUCGAUCAGUCUUCCCAGACCCCGCUCAGGCAGAGGGACGGAAUCAGCACCCAAAACCCGGGACCGGGAGUGUGUACUCUUCAUCCUCGGGUGACGGUACUGCUCAGACAGAGCCGACCACCCCUGGUGGCUCGAAUGCAUACUGGAGCUCGCCUCUUCCCGCAAAUUCUCCCUUGGAAGAGUGCGAUCCAAACUUUGUCCAAGCCUUGGCUGCCGGAACAGAUCAUUCUCCGAUCAAGGUGAAUACUGGAUCUCUGUUUCUGUUCGAUAUUGCCGCAGAGCAAAUAGCCAGUCUCCUCGCCGUGGAAGCUGACGAAAUUGACCUCGAUGCCCCGGUCGCAGCCCUCGGAGUCGACUCUCUGAUUGCCACUGCCUUCUGCAAUUGGCUGGAGACAGAGGCCAAAGUAUACCAGUCUAUCGAACCCAACGUUUCUUUUGAGGAUAUUAGUCCAGGAGCUUGGAGUAGGUGA